CCCUCUUGGGUUCGGACAAAAAGGAACGGUCUCCAUGAGAGAGUCCUCAGUCCAGACGCAUUGUUGUAUUAGGUCUGUUGGGAAAUGGAAAUCGAUGAGACAUUGCUGGAUCUGGCUUCCUUGUCAGAAGCUGAUUCAAGGAAGCUCAAGGUGGCGUUUGGGGAUGCGUUCCAAGUUUCCGUUUCGCCAAUUUCGAGUCCUUCAGGAAGAACCUGUUUCCCAUUGGAGUUGACAAGUUGCAUUGUUCAAGCAGUCAUCGCAAGUAAUAAGGGCAUUACUGAUGGUUCUGAUACUGAGAAUGAGGAUACUGAGACAGUUGAGCCUUUUGUUCCAGAGAUCUCCAUUCAUCCCUUAGUUUUUGAAUUUUUGACUACUUCCUUUGCAACAUGGGCUGAACAGCCUACCGGUACAGCGAGUGGCAGUCAAGACGAGACAAGAGAUGGCGACAAUAUGCAAAUUGAAAAUCAAAUGGAGUCGCUGCCAAUUCGAGUCAAGCCAUUCAUAGUCCCCGGUAUCACGGCUCAACUCUGUAAUGAUUCAACCCUGCCUCCACAUUUCCAUUGGAAAGCGCGGCGGAUAGAAUCCACACAGACUCUACCUCGUGGAUCCACCAUUUGCCUCCACAUGGUGUAUAUUGAUGAAGAAUUGAGAGACUAUUGCCACAGAAAAAAGGGUGAGGUUCUCCGAGAGACAUUAGCUGGGUUUCUAGACCAGAGAAUCUUAAUGGUUGGUACCACCGUGAUUCUACCCACACCGGUUGGAAUGGCAAUUGCCACUGUCACAGACAUUCUACCUGGUUCCGAUGAUGCUACAACACAAUCUACUGGAUCACAACAACAGGAUCGUGUCGCAUAUCGAAUAGGCAACUGCGAGACCUGCACACUAGAACUGUCACAUUGCGAAGAAGAAAUACCACUAGCCGAGUCACAAAAGUCGUCUUCGGAGCACCCUGUUCCAACCGAAGGCUUGUCGUGGCAAACCGAUUGUCCCGGCUAUGAAGAUCUUGUGGAAAUACUCCUGCAACUUGCUCAAAUCCAAGGAUCCGCUGCUCCCUCUGGGAUACUCCUCACCGGUAGUCCUCAGGUGGGCAAAACCCAUUUGGCAUCCUGUGUGGCGUUGCAACUUUCGACGAAACAACAACAACAAUUUGCAGUACACUGGGUCUCGGCACAAGAUCUACUCUUGCAAGCCACUUGGGCUAACGAGUCGGACCUGUUGGAGAUGCUGCGACCACCCAUGACUACUACUAGUGUCGGUCAACUCUUGGUUCUGGAUGACUUGCAAAUAUUUGCCGCCGAAGACGAAGGCUCUCUGAAAGAGGACGCUGUUUCUGUGAAUACCAAUCCAGAGCUAUUGGUGGUGCAAAACGCGGUCCUUCAAAUCAUGGACGAAUUGCAGCAGAGUACCGGUACUACAAACAGAACACACAGUAUUUCUAUUUUGGGCCUGGCACAGUCCUCCUCCAAUCUACCAGUGGCAUUCACUCGAAGUGGCAGAUUGGAAAAAAAAAUUGCCAUGUUGCCGCCCACACAGAGGCAAAGAGAAAUGAUUCUGCGGUCCCUUAUCCCGACCGUUGGCAUUACGGAUGAGUCGAUGGUCCAGAAGUGGGCCGAAGCCUUGUCUCCGGUUACUGUCAGCUGUGUUGCAGGAGAUCUGCGUCGGAUUCUGUCCGGUGCUUGGACCGCUGCAUCCGCUCGUACUACCUGGCAGCACAAAGACAACGUGAACCGAGCCUUUCGCCCCGAAUUGUCAUGGGAUGAUCUAAGGCAUGCAGCGCAAACCUAUGUUCCCAUUCAACUCGAGACUGUAGAUGUUUGCAAACCCAAAUCCUUCACGACUGACGGUGAACUGAAUCCGGAUGACUGGGCCGCAAUCCACAAACUGAGUUGGGAAUCUUUCGGUGGGUACCCUGUGGUAAAGAAGCGUCUUUUGCGCACCGUGGUAGGUCCCUGGAAGCGUUUCUUGAGGGAGGAUGAGGGCUCCAACACAGCCGCUACCAUGGGACUGUCGCCGCCUCCAGGUGUGCUAUUCCACGGCGGGUCUGGGAACGGCAAGUCAUUUGCUGCUUCCUGCUUGGGUUCCUCGUUGGGGCUGCCAAUGAUCAAGGUCAGAGCGGCAGAUGUAUUGGACAAGUGGUUGGGAGGAUCUGAAGCCAUCUUGAGGUCCUUGUUUGCUAGAGCGAGAUCGGCGGCACCUUGCAUACUGUUCUUCGACGAAAUUGAUUCGGUUGCAACCAACAGGGCCAGCGGGGAUGAUGACGGUACAGAAGUCAUGGGUCGCUUGUUGUCGACACUGCUGAAUGAAAUGGACGGCAUAUCAAGUGACAAACGUCGGCAAAGCGUGCUCGUUGUGGCUUGCACAAAUCGCUUGGAUGACCUAGACACAGCGCUGCUACGACCAGGCCGGUUGGAGGAACACGUUCAUCUGGAUUAUCCCACGGCAGCAGAUAUCAAGGAAAUGCUGCAGAUUCAUCUGGCCACUGUACCGCUGUCAAACAAACUGAGCUUUGAUGCUCUGGCCGAUGAGCUGGCAACGAAGAAAGCAACGGGGGCUGAUGUCGAGGGGAUCUGCCGGGAAGCCUGCUUGGGGAUGGUGCAGCGUUUGGAAGGCACUGAAACGAUGCAGCUAUCAAAUGAUGACAUGGAGAAAGCCUUUGGUUCCUCGAGGCUUCGAUAGCAAGCGUUGAUAAGAAUGGUAAUCAAACUCUUAGUAGAAACUCAUUGACAGAGGUC